AUUACCUUAUCUUUCUUAUCAGAAAGGAGAAAAAAUGGGUAUCAUAAGAAAAGUUUCAUUCACUAUUAGUACCCCACUGUCUCUUUUAGUAUUCAUUUUUCUUAUCAGUUGAAGAGACUGGGAGUUUGCAGCAGAAUUUGAGCUUGACAAAGAAGAAAAUUCUCAAUUCAAUCCUAAGAUAGACAGAGACAAGGGUUUAAUCAGCUGAACUAUUUUAGCAAGAAUUCUUGAAAAGCAAUAGUUGACUGGAUUCACUUAUAAGUAAAUAAACAGAUAUUUAAGGAUGUUUUGUGAUUGGUGCUGAAAGGGAUUUAUAGCUGCAAAAUCUGUUUAGUUUGUUGAUAUUUAUGGCCAUGUACUACCAAGGAAGCUCAGAAAUCCAAGCUGAUGGUCUGCAGACGCUUUAUCUGAUGAACCCUAAUUAUGUAGGGUAUUCUGACAAUACAGAAGUACAGAAACCGGCCAACGUGCUCUUUUUUAACUCCGCCGCCACCGCCACGGGACGUGAGGUCAACACCGCGCAGAUGUCUCACACGCCACUCUCUCAGUCUCAGCACUUUGUUGGCGUUCCACUUUCUGCAGCCGUUGGGUCGCCCAAUUCAUACUAUCACAAUCAUCCGUCAGUUCUUGGCCAGCAAGAAAUUCAAGCCUCUCACGGUGCAAUCCCUAGUGUCCACUAUAAUCUAUGGAAGUCAGUUGAACAAGCCGCUGGUGUAAAUCAACAGAACAUAUCUUCUGUGGUGGCUGCAACAAAUUCUGGUGACUCAAGGCCGGCGGUGUCACCGACACAACAAGGCUUGUCUUUGACCCUUUCGCCCCAACAAAGAGGCUACAGGUCUCUUCCUACAAAUAAUGAAAUCACUGUAUCGCCAAGACUUGGGUCAUCUACAUCACUCUCUGCUGCGUCUAAUGGAGUCAAUGAUCUGCAAAGUGUAAUUUUGGGAUCCAAAUAUCUUAAGGCUGCUCAGCAGCUUCUCGAUGAGCUUGUAGUUCUCGGAAAAGGCACAAAAACUGAUGAGGUGGUGGCCGGAGAGGCAGCAGAGAAACGGAAGAUAACCAGAGAGUCGACCGGAGUGAAUGCUGAGGCCUUUGGCACCAACGGUUGUGAAACUGAACUUACAACUGCUCAAAGACAGGAACUUCAGAUGAAGAAAGCUAAACUUAUUAACAUGUUAGAUGAGGUUGAGCUGCGAUACAAACAGUACCAUCAGCAAAUGCAAAUUGUUGUGGCAUCAUUUGAGAUGGCAGCAGGAUUUGGCUCAGCUAAAUCAUACACUCACCUUGCUUUAAAGACAAUAUCGAAGCAAUUCCGGUGCCUGAGAGAUGCAAUUUCUGCACAACUGAAGGAAAUAAGCAAGAGCUUAGGAGACGUAGAAAAUUCAGGCAAAAAGUUUGAGGGCUCGAAACUGAAGUUUGUUGAUCAUCAAUUCCAGCAACAAAGGUCAUUGCAACAGCUGGGUAUGAUGCAAAACAGUGCAUGGAGACCUCAAAGAGGCUUGCCUGAAAGAGCCGUAACAGUUCUUCGUGCUUGGCUCUUCGAGAACUUCCUUCAUCCUUACCCAAAGGAUUCAGAUAAACACAUGCUGGCGAAGCAAACAGGGCUUACUAGGAGUCAGGUGUCUAACUGGUUCAUAAAUGCUCGUGUUCGGCUAUGGAAACCUAUGGUUGAGGAGAUGUACUUGGAAGAAAUGAAGAAUCAAGAUUUAAACAUUUCCGACGAAAACAAAAGCAAAAGUACUGGAGCAGCUAUGAGAGAAUUGGUCUCAAAAUCCAUUGCUCUUGAGGAGAGUAACAAUGGAAAUAUCGAAGAAAUACUCGGACAGAAUUCAAAAAAACCAAGAAAUGGUAAGCACAAUUCUCCAAGCAAUUCAAUUCCAAUGCCAAUGGAAGCAAAAGCUGCAGACCAGACAAGCAAAGGGCUGUCAGGAGACAACUAUUUAACGUUAAUGGCUGCUGAUACAAGUCAUAGUAACAGAUUCGAUACGUAUGCAAUAGAAGAACUCGGAAGGUAUAAUGGACCAGAGCAACUGGGAACAAGGUUCCAUGGAAACAAUGUUUUUCUCACACUUGGACUGCCACCUGCUGAAAACAUUAAACUGGGAACAAGAAUUGAAACUGCAGGAACAGUGGAAAAUAACUACAAUAGGGUAAACAAUCUUCAAGAACAUUGGCUAUCAUGACCAGAUUGUUGAUUUCCAGAACAGGAAGCCAUUUUCAUCUCAGAUCUUAUCAGACUUCGUGGCAUGAAGCAUUCACCUCGACAUGAAUGAAGCACUUUCAUAUAUAGUGACAAAGAUGCCUUGGGGUGCUCUUGUAGUUCUUAGGGGGUGAUAUAAUAUAUAGGACAGACAACAAAAGGUCAUUGUUAAGAAAGAUUGGAAUAGGGAUUUGCAUUGGUGACAUUUGUGCUUAAACUAGGGUUAGAUACGAGUUAUUCAUACUGGGAUAGAAAUAUAUAACUAGCUAGUAGUUUCUUCUUAUAAAUGCUUUAAUGUGUAAAAUUUGGAUAUUGGAAAUAUUUGUCAGGGAUGUCUUGUGAAAAUUUUAUGUAUUUACGAUAUUGUCUAAUUGAAUAUUCAUACUUGGUAGCUUUUGGCAAUA